AUGGAAGAAACACCACUGGCAUCGCUGUCGUUAACCCACGUGCAUUAUAACCCUGAAGACCCGCUAUCCUUCCUUUCUGCCUGGCUUGCCCUUGUACCCCAAGCACUAUGUGUGGCCUACGUGACCCUUAUCUGGGCUUCGAGAGAAGUGGAGGUAAUUUUCAUGUUUUCUGGGCAAAUGGGUUGUGAGGCAUUCAAUUUUGUCCUCAAGCGAAUCAUCAAAGAGGAAAGGCCAAAGCAAAUGCUCGGGAAAGGCUACGGGAUGCCAUCGUCCCACGCCCAAUUCGUCACAUAUUUCGCUGUCUACCUGACUCUGUUCCUCCUCGUCCGGCAUGUUCCAACCGUUCCAAAGUCUGAUACGACAUCCUAUUUUCUCAUGCGGGUGGCACUCGCUGCCGGACAGGAUGCGCUGCUGGCGUUCUAUGUGCGGUAUCCUGGUAUGUGGCUACGAGCUUUUUGCGGACGGAGGGUUAUGUGGAUUGGAUAUUAG